UGGCAAGCGAAGACAGGUGACCGAAGGCGGGUGAGAAUGCACCACCCAAGCAGAUCCGGAUGAUAUCAGUUGAAAUGGAUUCAUCGCCGUUGCUAUUUGUCCCAUCUCAUUGAUUCGUCAGGCGAGAUGAUGCUAUUGGGCUCCCCCCGCGGCCUCCGCGUCAUGACUCUGGAGGAGGCCGGUGAUCAGCUCAUCCAGGCGGAGAAGAUGGCCAAGCGCACCGUCAUCUAUGCCCUCACGGCGAUUAACUGCCUGCUGGGCCUGCUGGGCCUGAUGGUCCUCGUUCUCGCCAGCAGCCACAUCAACCGCGAGCACCUAGCCACUCAGGAGACGACCAUCAAGACCCUGCAGCAGCAGAUUGUGAACAAGGACGCACUGAUUGGUGAGGCAGAGGCGGCAAACGUGCUGCUGGUGGAGCAGCUGGCGACAGCCGCCGCGGAUCUGCAGAACAAGACCGCCGCCAUCACGGCCUUUCACGAGCAGGUGGAACGACUCACGGAGGAUCUUGACAACACGACAGAGGCACUGCAGCAGAGGGACGAGGCCAUUCUGGCUCUCGAGGAGCAAUUCCAGGCCACUGAGAGAGCCCUCGCCCGAGCGAAUGGACUUCUGGACAAGGGGCGCGGGGCACUCAACCGCAUCUUCUGGAUCACAGCCGGUGCUCUCUCCCUCACCGUCUGCUGCUGGGCAGGAGGCGUGAUGGCCACCUGGCUGCAUGAGAAGACGAGAGAAGAGAAAGAAACUUCCAUUAACCGUAACACCCUGCAUGAGAAGACUGCUUCAGCAAAGGGAGGGAGGUGUAACGUGACGCCGAGGGACCUCUGCCUCAGGUGGCCUGCAAGAGAGAGGAGAGGGGCGAUUGUGACUGGACUUGGCUGCACAUAUGUGGGGUGGGUAAUGUAAGGCGUUUGUGUGAUUGUGAAUGGCCGGCCAAAGCGGCUGUGAGGGAGGGACUCACUUGGCUGACUGACUGGAUUAGCCUGACCUGUGGUGUUCGUCUGGCCUUGGGUGACUGACUGGCCGGGGAGAUCAGAUCGGGGAGGGGCAUGGGCAGGGGCAGGGGCAUUUGUGUGCAGCACGCACAGCUUGUGUGACUGCUGCGCUGCUCUACUGACUGACUACUGUGUCACCUGGGAAAGGGUCCAGACACGUUCAUCAUAUCAGACGGAGUUCACUUGAGUCAAUCGUGUGCAUUUAA